CCACUGCUCUAUUCUGUCUCUGAUUCAAACAGCCAAACAGCAAUUCACCUCAAUCCACCGCCCUAUCUAUAUUUUUCCCAUCCUCUCAUACAAUCCCUAAUGGCGUGUGGCAAUCGCGGGCUGCUGCUGGCGCUGGUGUUGGUGCUGCUGGCGAUUGCCGUAGGUGCAAGGGAGACUCCCCAGGGAAUCAAGGGCGUUGCAGGGCAGCUAAAGGGGGCUCGCAUUCUAGCCACCGAGGCCUUCUCUCGCCAUACCCGCCUGCCACACUACCUCGCCCACAUCCCUCGCCGCAAGGCACUUGCCACCACAUGCACACGCACGACUGUGACGAUCCGUUCUCAGAACUUGGGGCCGUUCGACUUGCAGAACGACAUUUUCAACAUGACAUUUUACAACGGGUGUGCUUACAACGUGACCAGCCCGCUGCGCGUGUGGAAGUGCUUCAACUUCAACAAUAUAUGGGACGGCUCCCUAGAUAACCCCACGCCCAACCCCUCGCAGUACCAAUUGGGCCCAAUCUUUGGGCAAUCCUCACCAGAGUAUUGCGAGAUGUGGAUGAACCGGGGGGCGUCUGGCGAUGUGCAGAUGUUUCCGGGUGAGACGGUGAACGUUUUGUACGCAUGGACGCAUGCCUUCCUCCCCUGCGCUCAUGACCUCCACUUCAGCAACGGCAACACCUACUCUAUGACCAACACCACGGAUUGCGUCGAAGCAGAAACUAUCUAGUCCCCCCCCAAGACCAAUCCAUGAGUACACCACUGCUGCGUUUCACGAGUUGAACUCUCAUGGGAGGAUGUACCUCUUUGCUGUCCGCUGCUACUGCCUUCCCUCUGCUGUCCAGGCUCCGAUUUGCUUCCGCUGCUCUGCAAUUAAUAUUGAAAGGGAAAAAGGCAGCACACUGACAGGAAGGGGGAGGCUGUUGUUUUGCUUCCGGUUUGUGUAG